AUGUCUGAUACCGACUCGGCCAGCAACAGCCGUGCGUCGUCCCCGGCAAACGGCGCAGACGAGCCCAAGAAGACCUUCGCCGACCUUGGCGUCAGCAAGGAGCUCUGCGAGUCCUGCGAGUCGCUCGGCUUCAAGCACCCGACGGACAUUCAGGUCGCCGCCAUCCCUCCUGCGCUCACCGGCCGCGACAUCAUCGGUAUCGCCCAGACGGGUAGUGCCGUUCUACUCGCUCAUCCUCGCUCCGACUCGAUCGCGAAGCAAGUGCAGGCUCUUGGAGCGCCGAUCGGCGUCAGGACGGCCGUUAUCGUCGGUGGCAUGGACAUGAUGUCGCAGUCCAUUGCCCUUAGCAAGCGCCCGCACAUCAUUGUUGCUACUCCGGGUCGUCUCAUGGACCACCUCGAGAACACCAAGGGCUUCUCCCUCAAGGCGCUCAAGUACCUCGUGCUCGACGAGGCUGACCGUCUUCUCGACCUCGAUUUCGGUCCCAUCAUUGACAAGCUUCUCAAGGUUAUCCCGAAGGAGCGCAACACCUUCCUCUUCUCCGCGACCCUGUCCACCAAGGUCGAGAAGCUCAAGCGCGCGAGUUUGAACAAGCCGAUCCAGGUCAAGGUCGACUCCAAGUACUCGACUGUCUCGACUCUGAUGCAGUACUACGUCUUCUUCCCCGAGGUGCAGAAGGACGCAUACCUCUUCUACCUCGUGAACGAGCUGAGUUCAAGCUCGAUGAUCAUCUUCACGUCGACCGUCGACCGCGCUCAGCGCCUUAGCAUUAUGCUGAACCGUCUUGGCUACCCCGCCAUUCCGCUUCACGGACAGAUGAGCCAGUCUGCUCGUCUCGGAAGUCUGAACAAGUUCAAGAGCGGAGGACGCAAGAUUUUGGUUGCGACUGAUGUUGCGUCGCGUGGUCUCGACAUUCCUUCCGUCGACCUCGUCAUUAACUUUGACAUUCCCUCCAACUCGAAGGACUACGUGCACCGUGUCGGUCGUACUGCGCGUGCUGGACGAUCCGGAAAGUCGAUCACGCUUGUGACGCAGUACGACGUUGUCAUGCUGAAGGGUAUCGAGGCGGCGAUCGGACGCCAGCUCCCCGCGUUCGACUGCGACAAGGAGGCCGUUGCGAUCCUGUCUGACCGCGUGAACGAGGCGGCGCGCGCUGCCAGGAUAGAGAUGCGCGAGACGGGCACGGGCGGGGCUGGCGGCAAGCGCGGGCGCGACAAGGGCAGGAGAGGAAAGGACGACGACCGGGACCGCGACGACGACGUUGUGCAGGGCGGCAUGCCGAAGAAGAAGUUCAAGAAGAGGAAGUAG